CGAUUCCUCUACACGGACAGCACAGAACAGCGCACGCAACUACAACACACACACACACAUACAUCCCCCACGAUAACCUAGCAAGCAAAAGAAAUACAAAUUUAUACCUGGUGGUCGAACAAGAAAUAAAAAGGAAAAAUGAUCAACAUUGGAGGAAUUGUGGCCAUUGUGGUCUUCUACCUGCUCAUCUUGUUCGUGGGCAUCUGGGCGGCCAAGAAGAAAGGCAAUGGCGGCGAGUCGGAGGAGGAGGUCAUGCUGGCCGGCCGUAACAUCGGCCUAUUCGUCGGCAUCUUCACCAUGACAGCGACAUGGGUGGGCGGCGGUUACAUUUCCGGAACGGCCGAGGAGAUCUACGGCAAGGGACUGAUUUGGUGCCAGGCUCCGUUCGGUUACGCCCUCAGCCUCGUCUUCGGCGGAUUGCUCUUCGCCAAUAAGAUGAGAGAGCAGGGCUACGUCACCAUGCUCGAUCCUUUCCAGGACGCCUUCGGUGAGCGGAUGGGCGGCAUGCUCUUCAUUCCGGCACUUUGCGGCGAAGUCUUCUGGUCGGCCGCCACUUUAGCCGCACUAGGAGCGACCAUCAGCGUCAUCGUGGACAUUGACGUCAACAUCAGCGUCAUCCUGUCGGCUUGCAUCGCCAUUUUCUACACGCUCUUUGGCGGACUCUACUCGGUGGCCUACACCGAUGUCAUCCAGCUCUUCUUCAUCUUUUUCGGACUGUGGGUCAGCAUUCCUUUCGCCAUGACCAACUCGGCGGUGAGUUCCAUCGCCCCGUCCGAGGUCGACUGGGUCGGCACCCUCGAGCCGCAGUAUUACGGCCAGUAUUUCGACUACGGAAUGCUCCUCGUUUUCGGCGGCAUUCCAUGGCAGGCUUACUUUCAACGAGUUUUGUCGAGCAAAUCAGCCAGCCGGGCGCAGAUCCUGUCGUACGUGGCAGCCAUUGGUUGCGUCGUCAUGGCCCUACCGUCCGUCCUAAUCGGAGCAGUGGCCAAAGCGACAAAUUGGAACGAAACGGAUUUCAGGGGUAAAGGCAACAUACCGCUGGAUGCCGACCAGGCCCGGAUGGUCUUGCCCAUGGUCCUCCAGUAUCUGACGCCGGCCUACGUUUCCUUCUGCGGAUUGGGAGCCGUUUCGGCGGCCACAAUGUCGUCGGCCGACUCGUCCGUCCUGGGAGCUUCGUCCAUGUUCGCCCGCAACGUCUACCGGCUCAUCUUUCGGCCCAGGGCGUCCGAGCACGAAAUCAUGUGGGUCAUGAGGAUUUCCAUCUUCGUGACGGGAGCCAUGGCGACGACCAUGGCACUGACCGUCCACACGAUCUACGGCCUUUGGUACUUGUGCUCCGACCUGGUCUACGUCAUCCUGUUCCCGCAGCUGCUCAUGGUCGUCCACUUCAAACCGUAUUGCAACACGUACGGCAGCGUCGCUUCUUACGUCAUCGGCUUCCUGGCCAGGGUGUCGGGCGGCGAGCCGCUCAUGAACCUCCAGCCGUUCAUCUACUACCCCGGAUGGAACGGCAGCGAGCAAUUGUUUCCGUUCCGGACGCUGGCCAUGGUCCUGUCGCUCAUCUCGGUGAUCGCCUUCUCCAUGCUGACGCGCUUCUUGUUCGAGUCCGGCAAGCUGCCGCCCAGCUGGGACUUUUUGCGCUGCGUCGUCAACAUCCCAGAGGACGUGGUGCGCGUGUCGGGGUCGGGCGACGAGCUGGAAACCAACGACGCCAUGGGCGAAAUGGCCGUCAUGACCGGCCUGGGCGAGGUGAGAAAGUAUUCGGCCACCGACGAGAUGAACGGGCGAGUCAACCCGGCCCUCAACCUGGGCAGCGACUCGGACGAAGAGGCCAGCCAACAAUUGGCCUCAUCAGUGGCGCAGAGAGCCAAAUUGCAGCAGCAAUUGUCCAUCGGCGCUAAUAGCAUCGAUUCGCCUUCGCACCGGCCCAUGAUUAGCAACCGCAAGGCCGGCAGCAGCGCUAAUGCCGGACCAACGGCCGCCGUCGGAUCCGGUUCAGCUAAUAACACCGGCGAUAAGCAAACCACGCUCUGAAAAUAAAAGUAAAAAAAUCAAUUAGGAACAACAACUCAACACCAACUGGGAAAUUUUAAUACUCGGCCCCUUUCACUUGACACGUCACUUUUUCGGUCAACAACUUCAGAUGGUGGAUUAUUGCCAUUCAAAAAGUCAAAAAUUUAAAGAAAAAAAAAUAACUGUGUUAGCAAAUUAUCAUAGUCAAAAUGGCGUAGCACGUAACUAUGGUUCGACGUCAAAUAAUAACAAUAAUCAUGUUUCUCUUUCAUGGCCGUUUUUCAACGUGUGUCCGCUUCAACAACAACAAAAAAUCAGAGGAAAGUUAAAUGUUACAUAAGCCCUUCAUUUUCUUCAAAAUCACACUCACUCGAAAAAAUGUUGAUAUUUAUUAAUCUAAUCUCAUAUAUAUAAAUAAAUCUAUAUAUAUAUAUCCUAAACUAUCGAUACAGGUGGAUCAUUUUCAAUCUCGUAAUUAAGGAGAAGAUAACCUUAAAAUUCAAAUUUCCGUUUCCCAAACCCAUGGCGUCAUUGUUGUUCAUUCAAAACCAAAA